AUGCUGGCAACGGUCGGAAACAAGAGCGCAAGAGUGGCUGUGAAAGUCAUCAAGAAAACACGGAUGACGGCAGAAAGGAUUCUCGAAGAGAGGAAUGUCCUGAAGGCGGCAGGUGAAUGCCCCUUCCUCUGCCCUGGAUUAGCUGCCUUUCAGACACCGGCCCACGCGUUCUUCGUUAUGCCACAUGUGAGUGGAGGCAACCUGAGCAUUAUUCUCAAGAAGGAACCCUGCCUCGAUCGCCACAAAGUAAAAUUUAUGUCAGCAGAAAUGGUCUGUGGCAUCCAAUUUCUCCACAGACAUGGCAUUAUUCAUCGAGACCUAAAGCCGAGUAAUAUAUUGUUUGAGAGAGAUGGCCAUGUUAGAAUUGCCGAUUUUGGACUGGCGGCUACUAAUAUAUUUACAGGAGACAAUACCACGGGUGUGACUGGGACUCUGCCCUACAUGGCCCCUGAGGUGCUUUUAAACCAGGCGUACGGCCCAGCAGUGGACUGGUGGUCACUUGGCACGAUUGCUUUUAAGAUGCUGAGUGGAAGGCACCCAUUUUACACCAGUCAGGACCCAAAACUUUACCGUGACUGCCUAAACACAAAGGAGCCCAGUUACCCACAUUCGUUUUCUGGAGUAACACAAGACUUCUUGUCUGAGCUCCUCAUAAAAGAGCCAAAAUUGCGCCUUGGGGUAUAUGGUGACAUCAGGGCCCAUCCAUUCUACAGCGGGAUAGAUUGGAAGAACGUGGAGGCAGAAAACAUUCAUCCUCCAUACCAGGCAAUGGUGGAGUCAUAUGGCGACCUAACAUCUGAGUGCCGGGAGGAGACCCUCUCGUUUCUGAAUGAUAGUAACACAUCAGAAUACACCGAGGACAUCCCUGGCUUAUCUUUCACCAGCCACAAAUGGAGGGACUAA